GAAUUAAAAUCAUAUUAUCUAAAAAAAAAAAGCACAACAUCUAUGGCAAAACUCGCCUAACAGAGUAUACCAUAAUAUAUCGCGACGGACCUGGCAAUUCUAAACAAUUUAACAAGCUGGUGUUAAGCACAAAACUCUAAUCCGGCAUUCUUCCGCAUUGUAUUUGUUUAUCAAAGCAAUUUAGUGACCGGCUACCGACUAAAUUAUUAAUUAGUUGCUUAAUGAUUAGUGCUUAGUGGCCUUUUGACAUUUAAAAUGGCAGCAGCUAUUCAAGAUGUUUUUAACGAAAAUUUACAAAAUGCAAUUCUAAAGAGUAAAGUGUUGGUUGUGGGUGCCGGUGGCAUCGGUUGUGAAAUACUUAAGAAUUUAGUGUUGUCUGGAUUCCCUGAUAUCGAAAUUAUUGAUCUUGAUACAAUAGAUGUGAGCAAUUUGAAUCGUCAAUUUCUUUUUCAAAAACAACAUAUCGGAAAGUCAAAAGCUACAGUAGCCCGUGAAACGGCACUCACUUUUAAUCCAGACGUUAAAAUCAUUGAUCAUCAUGACAAUAUUACUUCUACUGAUUAUGGAAUAUCAUACUUUAAAAAGUUCACAUUCGUUUUGAAUGCGUUAGAUAAUAGAGCAGCAAGAAAUCACGUUAAUCGCAUGUGCUUGGCAGCAGAAAUACCACUGAUUGAAUCAGGAACCGCAGGUUACGAUGGGCAAGUCGAACUCAUUAAGAAAGGAUUAACACAAUGUUAUGAAUGUACUCCAAAGGUAGCGCAAAAAACAUUCCCUGGAUGUACUAUACGUAACACACCUAGUGAAACAAUUCAUUGCAUCGUUUGGGCAAAACAUUUAUUUAAUCAAUUGUUUGGCGAAGAAGAUCCAGAUCAAGAUGUCUCUCCAGACACAGCUGAUCCAGAAGCAACAGGAGAUACUAUAGGAGAAACUGCUUUGCAGUCUGAAGCUAAUGAUAAUGGAAAUAUUAAACGUGUUUCUACACGAUCGUGGGCCCAAUCUAAUAAUUACGAUCCUGAAAAACUAUUUACCAAACUCUUCCACGAUGAUAUUAAAUACCUUCUCAGUAUGGAUAAUUUAUGGAAAAAACGUAGACCGCCGACACCAUUAGAUUGGAAUAAUUUAUCCGAUGGAGUUUAAUUUCAAUUAUUAGUUGCCAGCUGUAGUAAAGAGGAUGAAAAUUCUGUACUGAGGGAUCAACAACGCUGGAGUAUAUCAAAAUGUGGCUUAGUCUUUGCAGAAUCGCUUAAAAAUUUAAAUGCUAAUUUUACGAAUUGUAGACAAAAGUCUGCAACGGAUCAUCUUGUAUGGGACAAAGAUGACGAAGCGGCUAUGAAUUUUGUAGCAUCCUGUACCAAUAUUCGAGCCCACAUCUUUGGCAUUCCACAAAAAACCCGAUUUGACAUUAAAUCAAUGGCUGGUAAUAUCAUUCCAGCAAUAGCUACAACCAAUGCAAUAAUUGCCGGAGUGGUAAUUUUACAUGCUUUCCGGGUAUUGUUGAAUAUGUUACAAGACUGUAAAUCCGUUUAUCUUCGACCAAAAAUGAAUCAUCGAAAUCAGCUGCUAGUGCCAGAAAAGUGCAUAAAUGCACCCAAUCCAAAGUGCUACGUAUGUGCCAAAACUCCAACAGCUGCUCUCGCUGCCGAUGUAACAAGUAUGACUGUAAAGCAGUUAGAAGAUACAGUAUUAAAGCAAGGUAUGAAUAUGAUUGCUCCGGAUGUUAUGAUAGAUGGGAAAGGCAUAGUUGUUAUUAGUAGCGAAGAAGGAGAAACAGAAGAUAAUAAUAACAAAAUUUUACAAGAGGUUGGAAUUGUGGAUGGAUCGGUUCUUUGCGUUGAUGAUUUUUUGCAGAAUUAUUCCUUAAAAGUAACUGUUAUUCAUCGAGAUAAACCUGCGCCUAACAGUGACGAAUCCGAGUUUAUUAUUACAGCAGAUGCAGAAGACCUCAAACCUAAAGAAGAAAAUAACAUUGGUGCAAAACCUUCUACAUCGAACGGAGAUGCUGCUAAGAGUGAGAAUGAGGUGUCGCCCGAAAAAUCCGAACUGGGCUCAGCGAAGAAGCGAAAAACCGAUCCACUUUCAGAUACUACACCAAGCAAAAAGCGAAAGGUUGAGGUGAGCAGCAAUGUAUCCGACAGCGAUGAUGACAUUUGUAUAGUUGAACACGACGCCAAUUCUAAUUCUGUGGCGAUGUCAAAAUUGCCAAUGAAGCAUAAAAUUCCCACAACUAAGCACGACGAUGACGAGAACGACAACAAUGACGACGAUGACGAUUGCUUUAUUGUUGAUAUCGACGAUGAUAAUUCUGAUGUCUGCAUGAUAUCCGAGAAGACUAAGUAAUCGAUCCAUAGUAUUAAGUCACCUUUUUUUUCUUCAUUUUUUUUUUUUUACAUUAUUC